AUGGCAACGUCCAAGGUAACAUCCACUGCAACUGCAGCUGGAGCGACAACUGAGAAACGUUCAACCGUCAAACUUGAUACUAUUCGUGAAAUUGAAAAACACAUGCAAAAAAUAUGGGCUGAUUUGAAAAUAUUUGAAGUUGAUGCACCUGGUCAUCCUAGUGAUAAUUCGAAUACAUAUUUGGUAACAUUUCCCUAUCCAUAUAUGAAUGGUCGUCUUCAUUUGGGACAUACAUUUUCAUUGUCCAAAUGCGAGUUUGCUGUUGGUUUUCAACGUCUUCGUGGAAAACAUUGUCUAUUUCCAUUUGGAUUUCAUUGUACAGGCAUGCCUAUUCGAGCUGCUGCCGAUAAAUUGAAACGUGAAUUAGAAGAAUUUGGGUUUCCACCAAAAUUCCCUACCAAUGUGAAUGAAGAAGUUGAAGAAGAAAAAGUAGCAACACCAAAAGAAAGCGAAAGUAGUAAAAUCGAUAAUAAAUCCAAGAGCAAGAAAAGUAAAGCAGCAGCUAAGAGUGGUGGUGAAAAAUAUCAAUGGCAAAUUAUGCGUAGUUUGGGAAUUGAUGAUGAUGAUGAAGUUCGACGAUUUGCUGAUCCGCAAUAUUGGAUUUCUUAUUUUCCAUCUCACGUUAAACAUGAUCUUGAAUUGAUGGGUUUAAAAGUUGAUUGGCGUCGUUCAUUUGUCACAACUGAUGUUAAUCCAUUUUAUGAUUCAUUUGUUCGUUGGCAAUUUCAUCAUUUAAAAGAAGGUGGUAAAGUUCAAUUUGGCAAACGAUAUACAAUUUACUCACCUAAAGAUAAUCAACCAUGUAUGGAUCAUGAUCGUAGUAGUGGUGAAGGUGUAGGUCCACAAGAAUAUACAUUAGUUAAACUUCGUAUUCAUGAUGAUCAUGUACCAGAAAAAUUAAAAUCUCAUGUAAAAUCAUCAACAACUGGUGUUUAUUUAGCUGCUGCUACUCUUCGACCAGAAACAAUGUAUGGUCAAACAAAUUGUUGGCUUCAUCCAGAUAUUCGUUAUGUAGCAUUUGAAACACGUUUACAUGGUAUUCUUAUAUGUACACGACGUGCAGCUCGUAAUAUGGCUUAUCAAGAAUUUACUAAUACCUAUGGUCAAUAUACAGUCUUAGCUGAAUUUCUUGGUUCAGAAUUAUUUGGAUUACCAUUACAUGCACCACUUUCACAUUAUGAAACAGUUUAUGUAUUACCUAUGAUGACAAUUAAAGAAGAUAAAGGUACAGGUGUUGUUACAUCAGUACCAAGUGAUUCACCUGAUGAUUAUGCUGCUUUAAUGGAUAUUAAAAAUAAGCCUAAUUUACGGGAAAAAUAUGGUAUUAAAGAAUCCAUGGUAUUACCAUAUGAUCCAGUACCAAUUAUUGAACUUGAACCAUAUGGUCGUCUUGCUGCACCUACAAUUUGUAGUCAAAUGAAAAUUCAAUCACAGAAUGAUCGUGAUAAAUUAUUAGAAGCAAAAGAAAAAAUUUAUACAAAAUCAUUUUAUGAUGGAAUACUUUUAGUUGGCAAAUAUGCAAAUACAAAAGUAUCUGAUGCUAAAAAACUUGUUCGUGAUGAUUUAAUUACAAAUGGACAAUCAUGUGCAUAUUAUGAACCAGAAGGUAAAGUUAUUUCACGAUCAAAUGAUGAAUGUGUUGUUGCACUUGUUGAUCAAUGGUUUCUUGAUUAUGGUAAUGAAAAAUGGAAACAAGAAGCUAAACAUGCAUUAGAUAAAAUGAAUGUUUAUCAUACAGAAACACGUCAUCAAUUUGAAGCUGUUUUGGGGUGGUUACAUGAACAUGCAUGUUCACGUUCAUAUGGUCUUGGUACAAAAUUACCGUGGGAUGAACAAUAUUUAAUUGAAUCAUUAUCUGAUUCAACUAUUUAUAUGGCUUAUUAUACUGUAGCUCAUCUUUUACAAGCACGAGAUUCUUUUAGUGGUGAAAAAUUAGGUCCAGCAAAUAUUCUUCCAUCUCAAUUAACAAUCGAAGUUUGGGAUUAUAUAUUUUUUCGUGAAAAACCUUAUCCAUCUUCAACAACAGAUAUUCCUCAUGCAACACUUGAUCAUCUUCGUAACGAAUUUCAAUAUUGGUAUCCUGUUGAUUUACGUUCCAGUGGAAAAGAUUUAAUUCCAAAUCAUCUUACUUAUUCAAUAUAUAAUCAUACAGCUAUUUGGCCUAAUCAUUCAGAAUUAUGGCCACGUGCAUUCCGUGCUAAUGGACAUUUAUUGUUAAAUUCAGAAAAAAUGUCGAAAUCAACAGGCAACUUUUUAACAUUAGUACAAGCAAUUGAAAAAUUUUCUGCUGAUGGUAUGCGUUUGACACUAGCUGAUGCUGGUGAUUCAAUUGAAGAUGCAAAUUUUGAAGAAGAAAUGGCUGAAGCACAACUUUUACGUCUUUAUACAUUUAUUGAAUGGGUUAAAGAAGUACUUAAUAUUAAUGUCGUUGAUAUUGAAGAAGAAGAUGAUUUGAAAAAACCAUCAGAAGAUAAUGCAACAAUUGUUUCAUCAGUUAUUGAUUGGGUUAAAGAUAAAUUGCAUCUUUCAUCUAGUUCAGAUAAUACGAAUGAAGAAUUUACUAAACAACAAAAAAAUCAUUAUCGAACAGAUACAAAAUAUAAUUACUACGAUCAUGUAUUUGAGUCUGAAAUAAAUCGUGCAAUUCAAUUAACACAAGAAAGUUAUGAAAAAAUGUUAUACAAAGAUGUUCUUAAAUAUGGAUUUUUUGAAUUACAAAUAUCACGUGAUAAUUAUCGAGAAUUAUGUUCCGAAGUUGAACAAAUGAAUUUACAUUUAAUUAAACGAUUUAUUGAAGUACAAGCUAUUUUAUUAGCACCGAUUUGUCCACAUAUUUGUGACUAUGUUUAUCAAUUUCUUCAUCCUGGUACAACAAUUAUGAAUGCUAAAUGGCCAACAGCUGGUAAAGUUGAUCAAUCAUUGAUUGAUUCAUGCAAUUAUUUAAUGAAUACUGCUCAUGAUUUUCGUCUUCGUCUUAAGUCUUAUGCAACUCAACAAACAGGUGGUAAAUCAAAAGGAGCAAAACCUCAACCACCAUUACCAGCAACACAUGCAACAAUAUUUGUUGCACGUUCAUAUCCAUCAUGGCAAACAUUUGUUAUUAAUGAAUUAAAACAAUUAUAUCUUUCAAAUAAUUAUUCAUUACCUGAUAGUAAACAAUUAGCAAUUCAUUUUAAAGAUCGACCAGAAAUCGAUAAGAAAUAUCAAAAAAAAUUAAUGCCAUUUGUUAUUUAUUCAAAAGAUAUAUUAGAAAAAAGUCGAGAUGUAACAUCAUUAGAUCAACAUUUAUCAUUUGAUGAAUAUCAAGUAUUACAAUUUAAUCAAGAUUAUCUUCGACGUUCACUUAAUAUUGAACAAAUUGAUAUUCGUUUAACUGAUGGUAAUGAUACAGAUGCAACAACAUUAAGUAAUUUAGAAGAUAUUAUACCUGGUAAACCGAUUGUACACUUUCGUCAUGAAGCAUCAAUUACAAUACGUUUAAUUAAUCGUCAACCAUAUUUACCAAAUUUUGAAUGGUCUAUACCGAUUAUGAAUGGUGAUACAGUUGAACAAUUAGAAUUACGUUUAAGACGACAGGGUGAUCGACAAUUAAGAUCAAGUAAAAAUAUUCGUUUAUUUUAUUUUCAAAAUUGGGAAUUUUAUUCACGAACAUUACCCAAUAUGGCAACACCAUUACACGGUCUUGUUGAAUUUGAAAAUAAAAAUCAAGCUUUAAAGAUUGAUUUAUGUCAUGGUACUUUGGUUUUAGGCGAACAAGAUAUUGGCAACAUUCUAAUUUAUUUUGUUGAAUAA